GUCCUAGUUUGUAGCUUUAACACCUCAUGACAGCAACCUAAAAUAUGUCUUCGAGAAGGGCACUGCAUUUCGUUUUCAAAGUAGGAAACAGGACAGAAACAGCUCGAUUUUACAGAGAUGUUCUUGGCAUGAAAUUUCUGCGACAUGAAGAAUUUGAAAAAGGAUGUGAAGCAGCAUGUAAUGGACCAUAUGAUGGCAAGUGGAGUAAAUCAAUGGUGGGAUAUGGACCAGAGGACAAUCACUUUGUUGUAGAACUAACUUAUAACUAUGGUAUUGGUACCUACAGACUGGGAACUGACUUUAGGGGAAUCAAUAUUUAUUCCAAAGAAGCAUUUAAGAAUGUCAGUAACUGUGGAUAUGCAGUGACAGUAGAUAGUGGAAAACAAAUGGUAAACUCUCCUGAUGGGUACAGUUUUACUGUGGAGGACAAAGAGAGUGAAGGAGACCCAGUACAAAGUGUGUGCCUAGGAUGCUCUAAUCUGUCAAAGUCUGUUGAUUUCUGGUCUAGGCUAUGCGGUAUGAAGAUUUACAAACAGGAAAACAAGUCAGCACUACUGGGAUUUGGUGAUAACCAGUGUAAACUUGAGCUCCAGGACAUAGGUGUGAGUGUUGACCAUGCCACUGCCUUUGGACGGAUUGCCUUUUCAUGUCCUCGCACAGAGUUGCCAGAUAUAGAGAGAAAGAUGAAGGAAGCUGAACAGACCAUUCUAACACCCCUCAUCAGUCUGGACACGCCGGGCAAAGCCACAGUAGAAGUUGUCAUCCUAGCUGAUCCGGAUGGCCAUGAAAUCUGUUUUGUUGGUGAUGAAGCAUUCCGUGAGCUGUCACAGAUAGACGAUAAAGCUGAUGAGUUGCUGGAUCAGGGGGUAGCAGCUGACAAAAGUGACGAGUGGUUUAAGAAGAAAGGACUCACAAAAGGCACAGCGUGAUACCUUUGCUCAGUAUCAACAUCAACAUGUUAACCAAACCCAACCUCACUUUCUAUCAUUACUAGUUUAGGGUUAGUAUGUGAUUGGUUCUGCUUCAGAAUAAAAUUAGGAACUGCAUAUGUUCAGACAUUUGUUAAGGUAUAUUAGACGUGAAACAUGGAUUUGUUCCAGUUCUAAUCCUGAGUUUAGGAGUUUGGCUGUCCAGCAAGAAGCUUCUUAAGUGUUGGUAUAUCCCAUUCCAUCAACAGACCAUAGGGGAAGUUUUUUCACUCCGUGAGCUUUAUGGUCACUAACUUAAAAUUUUUUCUAUCUCACCCCAAGGGGCUGUAACAUUCUGUUAUGCUUUUCCCUAGCCUAAAGAGGCCCAUCUUGUGAAUAAUUUAUCAAUCUGUCAAGGGCUGACAUUCUGUAACAAUAUCUCAUUCCAGGCAAAGCCAACAAUGAGAGUUAUGAAGAUAUAUAUGGGUGACAGAUUCUUUAUCUCAUACAUCGUUGUGUCAGAAUUGCAGUUAGAUUUAAGACAGUUUGAUAUAGGACUGCAGUAGAAAAAGCAACACCCUAUUCACUUUCCAAACUGUCCUUACAAAAAUCAUUUAAACUUUUAUGUUAAUUAUAAUUAUAUUAACAGGACUGUAGAUACACUCUAAGUUAAAUGACAAUGUGUGGAGACUUUUGUACCACACUGAUCUAUAUCGCACCAAUGCUUUGCACUUAGGUAACAAACCUUACAUGAUAGCUUUGUAUUAAUCAUAUAGAUGACCCUGAAUUUUAGAAAGAUCUUGGAAAAAAAAAAUGUACCAGAGAAACAAUUAAGGUAUAUCAUGGUAAGAUACACGAAUGUUAUAGGAUAUUCAGUUCCAAGUGGUUGUAAGAUAAUUUUUUUUGUCUGUAUGAAUGUUUUCUAGGUGAUAAAUAACCUUUAGUUUGAUGAUUAUGAGGUAUUGCAAUAUAUGUUUAUAUACAAUGUAUACCUGAAUACUCCAUGAAGAAAAUUCCUAUUUAAACAGAAAAUAUCCCUGUAAAUAGAUUUGUAUCACAUUAAAGUGCCAUAUAUCUGAUUUUGUUUUGUAUUAUUUGAUAGAUUAUGAAACGUCCAUCAGUCAAUGUCUUUUUCUGUGCAUGUUUUGUGAUGAUUGUUAGGCAUGCCAAUUUGAGACAUCAUUCUUGGAAAACACAGCAAUAUAUUAAUUGAUUAAAAGGAGAUUAAAA